CUGUCCUUUCUUCUCGUCUUCCUUGAGAAUUCAAAAUAAAAAAAAAAAUAAAAAAUGGGCUGCAUUUCCUCCACCCUCCUGACCCAUGACGACCCUGACUUCUCCCAAAUCGGCGGCUCCUCCUCCGCCUUUGCCCACCACAUUGUCAAGCUCACCUCCACCACUUACGGUCUCUUGACUCUUGACCCCCCGCCACCACCUUCCUCCGACCUCGCCUCUCCCGCCGGCACCAUUGUUCCCCCGACCCCGCCUCCUGGCUUCACUCUCAGUCUCACCUCACUGUCCUCCGAUCUCAGGUCACCCCUCAAACCCGACGACGACAUCAUCAACUCUUGGGAGCUCAUGGCUGGCCUCGACUCCACUCCACCUCCUCACCACCCUAGCUUCCGAUUCUCCCCUACUCCUUCCAUUUCCACCUCCACCACCAAAGAAAACUCGAACCCGAAUCUACCCUCCUGCUUCACUCAAUCCAACCAAAUCCCCACCUCACACGACCCCCGCGACGCCGUUUUAGCUCCCUCAAGGAGUUGCUCCUCCUCAUCCCUUUCCCUGGAUGAAUUUGAAAAGCUCUGCCCUCCUAAUGGGGAAUCUAAAGUGGUGAUAUACACCACCACGCUGAGGGGCAUCCGCAAGACCUUUGAAGCUUGCAAUGCCGUGAGGUCUGCUAUUCAGGGGUAUGGAGUUCUGAUUUGCGAAAGAGACGUUUCCAUGGAUAGAGGGUUUAGGGAUGAGCUCAGAGAACUAAUGCUGAUGAUCAAGCCUAGACCCUGUCACAGUGGUAAUUCUAGUUUGAUGAUACCUCCCAGGGUAUUCAUAAAAGGGAGAUACAUUGGCGGGGUGGAGGAGGUCAUGAGAAUAGCUGAAGAUGGGGCUUUGGGGGGUUUGCUUGCGGGGUUGCCCAAAUUGAGACUCGGGCAUAAUAAUGUUUGCGAUGGCUGUGGGGGUGCCAGGUUCUUGCCUUGCUUUCAGUGUAACGGCAGUUGUAAGAUGGUGUCUCCAAUGGAGGAUGAGAUGGAUCAAACCCACAAUUCCCUGGAGCGGACUGUGGUGGUCAGGUGCUCUCAUUGUAAUGAGAAUGGCUUGGUUCUCUGUCCCAUUUGUACCUAGCUAGUCUCAUUGUACCUCAAAAUUACUGCUACUACUAUAACUAUGCUCCAGUUAACAUGACCAUGGAUUUCUUUUAUCCGGUUGCCUCACCAUGUCGCUCAUUCUUUGAUAUUACAUCUGCUAGUGCCCUGUUUGAA